GGAAGCGACUAAGCGAUUAUUGGAGAGAUUAUUGGAGAUUGUCUAAGCUCCAAUUUUGACUCGUGUCUUUGUCUUCGCUUCGUCUUUUCUUGUCUCCUCUUCUUCAACCUCUCGUCGCGCUCAACUAAUUUACGCGAGAGAGAGUCCCGCAAUCCCGCAAUCAUGGCGGAUUUCUUAAAGAACAUUGUCGGCGGUAGCAAGUCUUCUGCCACUCCGGAACCAUCCUCCGAUUCAGAUUUCGCCGACUUUGCCGAUGCGCCUUCGCCAUCUCCCGUACCCUUUGAAUCCGUUGCCGGCGGUGCUACCCUUGGUGGCCCUGCACCCACGGGUGUUCCAUAUACAAAGUGGUACAAUGUCCACGAGCGCUAUAGUCUAAAUGAUUUCCGCGCUGAGGGUGUCAUUCUGUCCAUCAUAGCCGUAAUCUUUACAUUGCACUUCAUUGGCACGAAACUCAACCGGGCCAAGUCGAGGGCGUGGAUUAAAGCGCAUGCUUCUGUGCUAACCAGCGAGUUUGCCGCGGUUGGUUUUGGUAGGGCAUCUGAGCAAGACCCCGAGAAGCUGCUGAAGGCCAAGAGCCUUUUCGAAUAUGCGACGUAUGCGACUGGCCGGCAGAAUGUUGCGUUCAUGGAUGUCAAAUUGACUCUAAAGAAGCGUUUCAACCCGGUCAUGACCUUCAUAGAGACUGCUUUGAGCUUCUUUUUCGACAGCUUUGGCGCUCCCGAGGAUUCCGUUGAAGCCGUCAUCUACCCCUUCGAUGGUAAAGAGGCUCAGAUAGUCCCUGCUCUUCCGGGUGCCGCCGAGCUAAGAAGCAAGGAUUCUAAGAGCACCUUCGAUGGGUUUGUUUGGGCUGUUGUCAACAAGGACAAGAUGAAGCAGCUCCGGGAAGAGCGAUAUGAUUUAUCAAUCACCUUCACCAAGGAUAACUCAAAGUUACCUAUUUGGGCAACCGUCAUGAGCGAGAGCGCUGAGAUCACCGAGACCCUUCUUACCAACGAACUUGCCUCGGCCAUCAAGAAGGCCGGCGAUUUAUUCGACUACAUUAUCAUCAGCGACCAACCCGUCGACAAGCCCACGAAGAUGGACGAGACGGUUCCGCGCAAGCGCCUCUACCUGCGAUACCGACUUCCAUCGUCCAACAACUACGACGACCUCGCCCCGCUUCUUUCCUAUUUCGUGCGGAUUUCUGAUCACCUAGCAUCUUCCGCUCAUUUCCGACCGGAGGUCAUCCGAAAGGUCAGGGCCGUUCGAGAUGAGAAUAUCAAGCAAAUUCAGAAGGUCGCUGAGGAAGAGAAAGCCGAAGAGAGACAAGCCGAGCGUGACAGGGCUAAGAAGGCGAAGCGCGACGCCGAGCUAAACGCCCUAGACGCCAAGGCGCAGAAGAAGUACCUCGAGAGGGAGAGGGAAAAGGAGUUGCGCAAGUCCUCAAAGAAGCAGACGGUCCGAGCCUAAGUGCUUUGUACCAAGGCGGCUCUUGAAUAUUUCUCGUGGAUACUUUCUAAGGGACGGGGAUGAACGGCAGACGAAGGGAUGACUAAUGGUGAACAAGGUCUCAAAAGUGGCAUCUUGCGACGUUUGACUUGUAUUAUCUACUAGGUAGGUAGUAAAAAAGGG